UACUCUUUUUCCAUCCUUUUUUUCUUAUAAACUCAUCAAUCUUCAAAACCUCCCAAUAAAAAACCACAACCCAAAUUUAAAAAAAAAAUCAAAAAAAAUGUCAGAUGUUAGCCAAAACCCUAGUUUUCACCUCUCAAAACCUCCCCAUAAGCUAAAAACUAAACCCACCAAAAGAACAACAAGAUCUAGAAACAAGAAUAACAACACGGCUACCACGGCCGCCUCCACCACCAACAACAACCACAACAAGCCACUCAAGGUGGUUCACAUCUCUAACCCUAUGAAGUUCCAAGUCGCCGCAGCUGGGUUUCGAGCCCUUGUCCAAGGGCUCACCGGCCGCGACGCCGUAAUCGACUGGCCUGAGGAACACCAACCCGACUUCGAAGUUGUGGCGGCUGCUGCUGGCGUUGCUGAAGAUGAUACUGCUGAGGAUGAUAGUAGUGCUAACAGUACGGAUGAUCAGGUAAAUGAUCACCACCAUCAUCAGCAUCGUGAUGAGGUUGUUAAUAUGUCUGCCUGUUUCGGGCCGUCCGAUCAUUAUAAUCUGAUGAGCUUUGAUUAUUACGGGGCCCACUUUAAUGGUGACGUCAUUGUGGAUGACGAUGUUGAACAAAGCAUGGUUGUUAUGGAUGAUUUCCGCGCUUUUUUGGGGGAUGUUAAUCAAUCAUUACUUCAUUAUUAAUUAGAGAAAGGAAGCAAGAAAUGUGAACUUAAUUGUUGUUUAAUUCACCGAUAAUAUGAAAGCAUGGUUUCAGACUUCAGUCGUGUAAAUUUGUUAAGUCUCGCCUCAUAGGGUGAAGAUUUUUCCAAGGCAAUAUUGUACUUCGGAGUAAAAUAAUUUGUAGAUUUGUAGCCGGAAGGAAAUUAUUAAUACUCCGUAGUCUGUAUUACAUAGUCAGAAGUAGUAAAUAAUGUAAUGCAAUGAAAAAUCUCUAGCCAAAUCUCAAAAAAAAAAUAAAAAAAUAACAUGAUUCAUUUGUUGUAUGUCUCGAAUUUGCCUAGAUUUAGCUAGCUUUCAAAUAUUAUUUUAUUUGCUUAUUUAAUGUACUUAUUUUAUUAAUUGAUAUGUGAAAUUAUUAUUUA